GUAUAAUUGUGCUGCGUAACGUCAUCAGUGAGCGCGCUGGUUUUCGGAGAGGAGGUGGCGGAUGCCGCUUCGAAAUAACAGUAAACUGUCGUCUACCUACGACCUGGUUCUUCUUUCAUUACUGUUGAAAAACAGCUGUUGGGAUGCCAAAGAAAUUCCAGGGUGAGAACUCCAAGGCGGCCACGGCCAGAGCCCGAAAAGCUGAGGCUAAGGCGGUGGCAGACGCCCGCAAGAAGCAGCAAGAAGAAGAUGCUCUCUGGCAGGAAACUGACAAGCAUGUACUCAAAAAAGAGCAAAGGAAGGAUGACAAGGAGAAAAAGAGGCUGGAACUCCUUGAGAGGAAAAAGGAAAAUCAGCGACUUCUCGAUGAGGAGAAUGCUAGACUGAAAGGCAGGUCCCAGCAGGGCGCUGGAUCUGGUGGGAAAGUGACUCGUGCACAGAUCGAGGAGACGCUUCGCAAUGAGCAGCAGCAGCAAGAGCAGGACCAGCUCAAACCGAAAGAGAAAAGCCACCUGGAAACUCCAUUGGAGGAGAAUGUGAACAGAGUUAUCCCUGAAGAAGGAACCGUGGAAGCCAGAACAAUAGAAGAUGCCAUCGCUGUUCUCAGCGUGGGGCCCGAGGACCUGGACCGUCACCCGGAGCGCAGGAUGAAAGCGGCAUUUGCCGCUUACGAGCAAGAAAACAUGCCUCGUCUAAAACAGGAGAAUCCCAACAUGAGAUUGUCACAACUGAAACAGCAAUUGAAGAAAGAAUGGGCAAAAGCACCAGAAAACCCCCUCAACCAGCGCUUUUCCACCUACAACACAAAGUGAAAUUGUGUUCACUAAUGAAAACUGUCUGCCUAUACACACUGGGGACUUCCAUUGAAAAAUUAAAUAAUUUCUUUGGGGGGGAAAAAAUGAGUUCUGCUGACGAGAGCUUCACCGUUAUCAAUCUCUCCAGUGCCACAGGACCUGACUUAUUUUUUCAUUCACUAACGAGGAGAGACUCAUCAUGACCCAUCAAAUAAAAACUGAUCCUCAUGUUUGUGCACAGAGCCUCUAAUGAGGCAUCUCAGCAUCUAAUAAAUGUAACUGCUUUUCUCUCUCUCUCUCUUUUUUCCCCCUAGCACUCCUGGCAAGGUGGGAAGCCAGAUGUUUUGAGAAUAACUUAUUAAAGUUCACUGCUCAAUCAUCAA